AAAUAAUUGUGCUCUCUCCACUCACAAAAACACUUGCAAACUGGUUUGUUUGGUAGAGUAAGAGAGAGUUGGUGGCAAUGGCAGCGUCACUACAAGCAGCAGCUACCCUCAUGCAACCCACCAAGUUGGGUAGAAGCAACACAUGGCAGCUUAAGUCCAAUCACUCCAUUUCUAAGGCUUUUGGUUUGGAACCCCUUGGAGCUAAGGUCACAUGCUCCCUUCAGGCUGAUCUUAAGGACUUGGCUCACAAGUGUGUUGAUGCUACCAAAAUUGCAGGAUUCGCCCUUGCCACCUCUGCUCUCGUUGUCUCAGGGGCAGGUGCUGAAGGUGUUCCAAAGCGACUAACCUACGACGAAAUCCAGAGCAAGACCUACUUGGAAGUGAAGGGAACAGGAACAGCAAACCAGUGCCCAACCAUAGAUGGUGGAGUGGACUCAUUCGCCUUCAAGGCAGGGAAAUACGAGGCCAAGAAGCUCUGCCUUGAGCCAACUUCAUUCACAGUGAAGGCCGAGGGAGUGACCAAGAACGCCCCACUAGAGUUCCAAAACACAAAGCUCAUGACACGCUUGACCUACACUCUUGACGAGAUCGAGGGACCCUUUGAGGUGUCUUCUGACGGCACCGUCAAGUUUGAGGAGAAGGACGGCAUCGACUACGCCGCCGUGACAGUCCAGCUGCCCGGCGGCGAGCGCGUGCCGUUCCUCUUCACAAUCAAGCAGUUGGUGGCGUCAGGGAAGCCAGACGGCUUCAGUGGGGAGUUUUUAGUCCCUUCAUACCGUGGAAGCUCUUUCUUGGACCCCAAGGGAAGGGGUGCUUCCACGGGUUAUGACAAUGCGGUUGCUUUGCCUGCUGGAGGAAGAGGAGAUGAGGAGGAACUUGCCAAGGAGAACAACAAGAGUGCCUCAUCAUCCAAGGGGAAGAUCACCUUGAGUGUCACCAAGACCAAGCCUGAGACUGGUGAGGUUAUUGGUGUGUUUGAGAGUGUUCAGCCUUCUGACACUGAUUUAGGAGCUAAGGCUCCUAAAGAUGUCAAGAUCCAGGGCAUCUGGUAUGCUCAGCUUGAGUCAUAGACUCUUUCUUUUAUGCUUUGCUUUUCUAUUUUGUUGGUUCAGAUUUUGUUGCAACUCUCCUAUCACCCAACUUUCCUACCACCGAGAGCACUGUCGUGUUUGUAUAUUAUAUCUACCUCCAAUUACCAUGCCUAAAAUUUCAAAGUUUGAAUU